AGCGAGCGCGAGACCGCAGUUACGUCCGCCACUGCGCGUCUUCGGGUCGGGCUCCGUGGGGCGGCCACGGCUGCUGCUGUCGUGCGGGCUGACGUGAGGCGGCGUCCCGAGCGCGGGCGGCGGUGUCCCCUCCUCCUGCGUCCGUCAGCAGUGACGAGCCGGCUACGUCAGGCCCGGCGCCGCGGGUAUAUAAAGAAGAAAGUGGAGAAGGAGCAAAGAAUUGAUUGCAAAUGUCUUAAUAAUGAGCAAAUGUGGCAGGAAAAAAUACAUUAAGACAAAUACAAGACAAAUGGCCAUGGAAACAGUUGACUCCCAGCAGGAUGGAAGUGUACCAGGUUCUAUAGCGGGGAGCAGCUCUGCCCAUUUGCACACUCGGCUUGGGCACACUCCAGUGCCCACUGUAGUUCAGGUAGCAACAAUUACAGAGACAGAUGAGUCUGCAGAUUCAGAAGGUGUAAUUGAUUCUCAUAAACAUAGAGAAAUCCUUUCACGAAGACCCUCUUACAGAAUACUGAAUGAACUUUCCUCUGAUGUGCCUGGUGUUCCCAAAAUUGAAGAAGAGAAGUCAGAGGAAGGAGGAAGGCCCUCUAACAUCACCACCAUGGCAGUACCAACUAGCAUAUAUCAGACUAGCACGGGGCAAUACAUUGCUAUCGCCCAAGGUGGAGCAAUCCAGAUUUCUAACCCGGGAUCUGAAGGUGUUCAGGGACUGCAGGCAUUAACAAUGACAAAUUCAGGAGCAGCUCCUCCAGGUGCCGCGAUUGUACAGUACGCAGCACAGGCAGCUGAUGGCACCCAGCAGUUCUUUGUCCCAGGCAGCCAGGUUGUUGUUCAAGAUGAGGAAACUGAACUUGCCCCAAGUCACAUGGCUGCCGCCACGGGUGACAUGCCAGCCUACCAGAUCAGGGCUCCUGCUACUGCUUUGCCCCAGGGUGUGGUGAUGGCUACCUCACCGGGAACCUUGCACAGUCCCCAGCAGCUGGCAGAAGAAGCCACUCGCAAACGAGAGCUGAGGCUGAUGAAAAACAGGGAAGCUGCCCGGGAGUGUCGCAGGAAGAAGAAAGAAUAUGUCAAAUGUCUUGAAAAUCGCGUGGCCGUGCUUGAAAACCAAAACAAGACCCUCAUUGAGGAACUCAAGGCCCUCAAAGAUCUCUAUUGCCAUAAAGCAGAGUAACUGUCUUUGCCCUGGACCUUGUUUACUCUGAACCCUAAUCAAGGCAGGCGAUGCAGUAGUGCUAACUGCCCGUCGGACUUGCAGAGGGACACCUGGGACCUUAACUAAGAAUCCAGUUUGGUUUAGAAUUUGACAUUGAAUUAGGAGUCCUGUUCCGAGGUUUGGAAUGCAGCCUAGCUCACUUUCACCACGCUUGCUUCGGUCUGUCUGUCGUCAGCUCGCACCACUGUUUGCCCUUUUGCUUCUACUUUUUCCAGGGAAGCUGCAAAAGAAUGCCGACGGCGAAAGAAAGAAUACGUAAAAUGUCUGGAGAGCCGAGUUGCGGUGCUGGAAGUCCAGAACAAGAAGCUUAUAGAGGAACUUGAGACCUUGAAAGACAUUUGCUCUCCCAAAGCAGAUUAGUAAAAAUAUUUAACUAUGGACUGAUUGUGACGUGUACAGUUGCUUUGUAAGCAAUACAAUAUAUAGCUGGCAAGAGUGGCUUUUCUUUUCCUUUGUAUGACUCUUCUUCCUUCCUAAUUGCUAACAUUCCUCCAGUGCCUCACUGUACCGAUCCAACCCUUGGCUAUCACUUCAGCUUUUUAAAAAGAGAUAAACCGUUCAAAGAGAUGUAUGUAACAAAUUCUUCACAUGAAAUAUUUGUAACACUUGUGCCGUACUGCAUGUCUGCAUGUCCCAGGCUGUGUCAGGAAUAGUGUCCUAUGCAAUAAAAACUUGUACGGGUCUUUCAUCAUUUUA